GAGCUCACUAGUUGGACAGCAGAUGAGGAGGGCGGAACAUGCUUUCCUCUGAGGGCAAAGGGCUGCUGUGAAAGAAGCCAGAUCCCUAGCUGCAGACUCAUCCUGCAUCCUGCUGAAGUGCCUCAUUCAGACUGUGUCAGCAACAACAGCAGCAGCAGCAGCCGCACAUCUGGGCUCAGGCGGCAGGGGAACUUUUAAACUUCAGACCUGACACCAGGAGGAAACUGUCCAGAUCUACUCUAGGAAACAGAAGAAAUGUCUUGGAAGGUCUGGCCUUUGGCGUGGCUCUUCUGCAUAUUACUUGGACUUGUCUCAUCAGUUGUUGACUCAGGAAUACAGGGGCAGCAGAAUGUGGUCACAAUUUGUGGAAGAGGAUAUUAUCUAAGUUAUUCAAACAAGUGUUUACCCUGCCAAUGCAAUGGAUACUCCCGGUUUUGUCAGGAUGGAACUGGAAUCUGCAUUAACUGCCAAAAUAAUACAGCUGGAUACCAUUGUGAAAGAUGCCUUGAAGGGUACUUUGCUGAAGUCCGACAAGGGCAACUGACUUGUAAACCCUGUGCAUGCCCGUUCUCAAUCAGCUCAAACAAUUUUGCAGUAUCCUGUGUGCGAAGAGGCAAUGCUCACCGUUGUAUGUGCCAGGAUGGCUAUGCUGGACCCAUUUGUGAAAGAUGUGCACCUGGUUACUAUGGCAAUCCUUUGGUGAUUGGAGAUACCUGCAAGAGAUGCAACUGCAAUAGAAAUUCUGAUCCUAACCUCAUCUUCAGUGACUGUCAUAAUGUGACUGGCCACUGUCUGAAUUGCUGGCAUCAUACCACAGGAGUUAACUGUGAGCGUUGUGCCCCUGGUUACUAUGGAGAUGCCAUUAUUACUAAGAACUGCAAAGAAUGUCAUUGUGAUAAGUGUGGUACAGACUUCUGUGAUGACAAGACUGGAAAAUGUCAUUGUAAACCGGGUGUCACUGGCCAAUCAUGUAGCCAUUGUGAGGUUGGCUACUAUGGCUUUAACAAGUGCCAAGGAUGCAAAAGAUGUCAGUGUGCCAUGGCUUCCCUGAGCGUCCUUUGCAAUCCUUUGAAUGGAGGUUGUCGUUGUCAGCCUGGUGUCACAGGUCUACGUUGUGAACAAUGUAUACUUGGAUACUGGAAUUACACUUCUUCUGGAUGCCAGAAAUGCAACUGUGAAAAAGGACCAUGUGACCCCAAGACUGGAGAGUGUCUUCCUGAACCAAUAAUGCCACCAUCUACCACUGUCUGCAAUAUUACUUGUGAUCAGUGCAUCUGGGACUUAAUUGAGGACAUCAUGCUUUCUAAUGUAACCAUAAAUGAUAUCCAAGCCACCCUACAAACUAUUUCCAGUGGAGCAGCUGCCACUGACCGUCUAAAUCGUAUGGCCUCCCUGUUGCAGAAGUUGAAGGAUGGGCAUUUUCAAUGGAUUGAUACUCAACAGAAUCAGACUUUGCAGACCGAAAGUAUUGAAGAUGAUGUCUUAAAUUUGAUAUCAUAUGUUAACAUCUUGGGAAACAAGGAAAAUAUAACCAUUAGAGGCAUCAGAAUUGAUAAGGAAACACAAGAGACAUUUCAUCAUGCUGAUAAGCUUUUACAAGAGCUCUCUUCUCUAAACAUACUUAUAGAAGGUAUGAUUAAUGAACAGAAUAUUUACAGCAAACAACAAGAUUUGUCUCCAUCUGAGAUCCUCCAGAAGGUGUCGAGGGCCGAAUUGCUGCUAGUUGACAUUAGAAAACUUGAUUUAUUUAAGAAAAAGCCUUUAGCAGAUGAAGAAUUUAAGCGAGCAAAAGAAGUUUUGCGGCGUGUUGCUCAGUGGCAAAAAAAGCUCAAUACUACAGAGGAGUUUGUGUAUCCCAAUCAGAAAACCUUAGCAGAAGUGAACAGCAAGUUAGAUGACUUAGAAGAACUCCUCCAAGACACUGUGAGAAACAUCCAGCAGACUGAGAAGAAAAACAAUGAGAACCUUGUUAAAUUCCAAGAGAAUGAGAAUAUGCAAAAAAAGUUAAUGGAGGAUUAUGGAGCCGUAAACCUGACACUGAAGCUAACUAUGAAUUAUAUAACAGAUGCAGGCCUUGAAACUGAUGAUGUGGAAACAAUGAUUAAGAAUGUCUCAGAAUUUCAUGCUGCAGUUGAUGGUGCUGCAAAACUUCUCAAUGAAAGAAUCUCCAAUUUGUCAAAAUACGAUAAGGAACUGGUUCUUCGUUCCACAGAACAUGCCAAAGAACUUCAAAUGCUUGCUGAUGAACUGGAAGACAAUCUAAAAAACAUUGAUGCAAAUGGAUUUGUUCAGAAAGCAAUUGAUGCUUCCAAUGUGUAUGAAAACAUUGUAAAGUAUGUGGAGGAAGCCAAUGAAACUGUAGCAACAACAAUGAACUCUUUGAACAGAGCAGAAGAUGCUAUUGUUGGCAUCAACAUUCAAAUUGGAUAUGUUAAAGACAAAAGUGAAGUUCUUUUGAUGGAUGUCCUUGAUUUGCAGCAGUCAAAUGGAAAUGAUCUUGAAAUCCCUGUUAAAGAAAUCACAGAAUAUGUUAAUCAAACAAUAAGUACCAAGGACAAUGCCAAGAAACGACUUUCUGAAAUUAUGACCCAGAUACAAAAUAUUGAAUCAGGUAAAACUACCCGACGUCUGCAGCAAGCAAGUGAGAUUGCAGAAAAUACACUGAAAAAGUCUAAAUCUGUUCUUGAGUCAAUGAAGCCAAUGGUUGACAGAACUGAUGAGUGGAUGCAAAAUCUGAAUAACUCAGAAUAUGACACAUCUGCAUACAGCAGUGCAGUAAACUCAGCAGGGGAAGCAGUAAAAAACCUGAAUGAAGUUGUUCCUGAGCUUUUGGAUAAAUUGAAAGUAGUGGAACAGAAGAGGCCCAUGAGCAAUAUUUCUGCCAAUAUCUUUCGUAUCAGAGAGCUCAUUGCACAGACCAGAAGUGUGGCCAGCAAGGUCCAGAUAUCUAUGAAAUUCAAUGGUGAAUCUGGAGUUGAGGUCCAUCCAAACACCCAGUUAGAAGAACUAAAAGCUUUCUCUUCAAUUAGUCUGUACAUUCAUGUGGAGCCAGAAAAGCCCCCACAGGAUCAGCUGAUCAUGUAUCUUGGUAACAAAAAUGGACAAAAAGAUUACAUGGGCCUUGCAAUCAAAAAUGACAACUUAGUGUACAUUUACAAUCUGGGAGAUGAAGAUGUUGAGAUUUCUUUGAGUUCAAAACCUGUCAGUACAUGGCCAAACUUGUUUAAUCUUGUUAAAGCUGAAAGACUUGGAAGACAUGGCAAAGUGUAUUUAACAGUCCCGAGUUCUGGUAACACCGCUGAACAGAAGUUUAUCCAGAAAGGCGAAGCCUCAGGCGCAGAAUCUCUCUUUGAUCUUGAUCCUGAAAACAACAUCUUUUUUAUUGGUUCUGUACCUCCUGAUUUCAGGGUUCCAGCCAGCCUGAAUUUACGACCUUUCAAAGGCUGCAUUGAACUGGCCACACUGAAUAAUGAUGUAAUCAGCCUCUACAAUUUCAAACAGAAGCACAACUUGGAUACUGAAAAAGAAAUUCCAUGUGCCAGAAACAAGUUUGCCUUCACGCAAAGCCGAGCAGCAAACUAUUUCUUUGAUGGCCGAGGUUUUGCAGCUGUUAAUAUUAUUGAAAAAGGAAAGUACAGCAUGGUGACACGGUUUGAUAUUGAAGUUCGGACUGUAGUUGACGAUGCUCUACUUCUCUUAAUGGUCAAUGGGACCAAUUUUUUUAUACUGGAAAUUCAUAAUGGUCUUCUGCGACUUAUUUAUGACUUUGGGUUCAGCCAAGGUCCCAUUACUAUCGAAGAUGACAUUAAGAAAUUGCAAGUUAAUGAUGCAAGAUAUCAUGAGAUUUCUGUUAUUUAUCAUAACUCGAAAAAAGUCAUUCUUUUGGUGGAUAGAAACCAUGUAAAAUCUGUUGAGAAUGAGAAAAAAGACAUCUUCUUCACCACUACCUACAUUGGAGGAGUGCCUUUAGAAAUUCUGAAUUCAAGACCAGAUUUGACUACACUUGCUGGAUUUAGAGGUUGUGUCAAAGGAUUCAAAUUUCAGAAGAGAGACUUCAACCUGUUGGAAGAGACAGGGACAAUAGGCAUUGGUUAUGGCUGCCCAGAAGAGUCAUUGAUGUCACGAGAAGCUUAUUUUAAUGGUGAAAGCUUUAUCUCCACAACUCAGAAAAUUUCACCUUUUGAAAAGUUUGAAGGGGGCUUUAAUUUCAGAACAAGCCAGUCAAAUGGACUUUUUUUCCAAUACUCUGAAGGGCCAAAUGUAUUUGCAAUCACAUUGGAAAAUGGGGCAGUUAUUCUCAGCAGUAAGGAAAAGAAAAUAAAGUCUGAUGGAAAUCAAUAUAAUGAUGGACAAAUACAUUUUCUUGUGGCAUCAGUCACAUCUGACAGGUGUCAACUGUCCAUCGAUGACAAAGACAGAACAAGCAUGCCCAACGAGGGAGCAAAGCAACCUCAAGUUCAACCAGCCAGCAAAAUUUACUUUGGUGGAUCACCCAGUAGCGAGUACCUUAAUUUAACAGGAUGCAUCAGUAAUGCAUACCUCAGCAAGCCUGACAGAGACAUUGAAGUGGAGGAUUUUCAGAAAUAUUCCGAGAAGGUCUCAGUCUCACUAUAUGGCUGCCCUGCAGAAAAGCCUCCAGCAGCUUUGCUUUUGAAAUCAGACAGGAAUCUGUCCAAAAUCAAGAAAAGCCGCUCUAAUAAGGUGAGCCGAGACAAAUUAAGCAUUCCUCAGGAGCCGUCAGGGCUAAAGUCUAGUGCAGAAGACCUGAGUGAUAAAGAAGGGUCUCAAUGUUAUCUCUCCGUGAAACCAAAAGCUGCCCAGUAUGCAUACCAAUACGGAGGCAUAGCAAACAGCCGACAAGAGUUUAACAAUAUUCCAGAAUUCUUCCAUGAAAGGUCACAUUUCUCUCUUAGUCUAAAGACACAUUCAUCACAUGGCUUAAUCUUCUAUGUGUCAGAUGAAGGCGAGAAUAACUUCAUGACACUGUUCCUUGCUCAUGGAAGAAUAGUCUAUAUGUUCAAUGUGGGAAGUGAUAAGCUAAAAAUUAGAAGUUCAGAGAAAUAUAAUGAUGGAUUAUGGCACAGUGUGAUAUUUAUUCGAGAAAAGAAUGAAGGUCGUUUAAUAAUAGAUGGUCUUAAAGUACUAGAAGAUAGAAUCCUUACAGCAGAUGCAUCUUGGCAUGUCACUGACCCGUUUUACGUAGGUGGUGUGCCUCCUGGAAAAGCUCAUAAAAAUAUCCAGAUCAAUUCUGUCCAGAGUUUUAGUGGCUGUGUAAAGAGUUUACAACUGAAUGGCCAAUGGCUGUCAUCAGCCUCUCAUACAUUUGGUGUCACUCCUUGCUUUGAAAGUCCUCUGGAAUCUGGAACCUACUUCUCCACUGAAGGCGGAUAUGUAAUUUUAGAUGAUUCAUUUAACCUGGGCUUGAAAUUUGAACUGGUGUUUGAGAUUCGCCCACGGACCAGUUCUGGAAUACUUCUUCAUGUUUUCACUCCAGGGGGAGAUUACCUGAACAUGCAUAUGAAUAAUGGAAGAGUAAUAGUUCAAGUUCGAAAUGGCAUCAGAGAGUUUGCUACAAUGGUUAAUCCGAAACAAAGUAUAUGUGAUGGCAGAUGGCAUAGAAUUGCAGUUAUAAGAGAUGCAAAUGUUGUUCAGCUGGAUGUGGAUUCAGAGGUGAAUCAUGUUGUGGGACCAUUGAACCCCAGAUCACUUGACAAUAAGGCCCCAGUAUUUAUUGGUGGUAUGCCAGCAUCACUUGCUCCUCCAAGCCUGUCAGUCCAGAGCUUUUAUGUUGGCUGUAUGAGAAACUUCAUAAUCAACGAAACACCAGUGAGCUUCAGUAAAGCCGCUCUAGUUAGUGGGGCUGUAAGUGUCAACUCCUGUCCAGAAGCUUAAGCUAUUUGUUUUGCCAGUGGAAUCCUUCCAUAGUCAAGUUAUGCAAAAGACAUGCGUGCAAUAUACAGGAGAAUCAAAAAAUGAUAUUAAUUAAGAAGAUAAGAAAAUACAGUUGAAGGAGUCAAUUAUAUCUACUUAAAGAAGAUAUUAAAGAUACUUUAGUUUGUAUCAAGGUUGCCAGUUACAACAUAUAUUAAAGAAAAAAUAUAUCAGCUGUGGAAAUGAAUCAUCAGUAUACUUCUGAAUUGCACUCCCUUUCUAUUAAGCCAUAAUUUUAUGACUGGAUGUUAAUUAUUGGACUAUGCCUGAAAAACACUGAUUUGCUUAGUACACAACAAAAAUCAGAAACAAUUGUUGCAUUUCUUUUCUUGGAAGGAAACUCUAUGUCUAGCACUUGCUUUGUUUCAAAUACUGUUUUGUCUACAAACAGUGUGAAGUUAUCAAAACAUUUAAUAAAAUAUUAGCAUUA